CUCACCCCCCCACCACUCCUCCUUCUCCUCUUCUAUGCUUGAGGCUGCCACUUUCCCUUUUCCCUCUGCCACUAUCCCUCCUCUCUCUAUCCUCCUCCCAAAAGCGAAACAAGAACAUGAUCCAGUCAAUCAUAUGGACAUUGCUCGUUAUUCAUUGAGUGCAAACCUCCUGUGCGCCACUUUGUACCAGGAUCUGUCAGUCAAGAGCAAGAGUUUUUGCAAGUGGCUCUUUAUAUGUUCCCACCAAGCAACUUCCUUAGAACCUUGGAACUAGAACGACAUCCGGCUGUCCAGAAUGAAUUUCUAUAUUUUCUUUACAUUCAGUAGUACAGAAGUGAAGGAGAUCUGAAAGUUUCAUUCUGAGGGUUCCAUUUAUAUCUUCUGGAAAGUACUUCGAGCGAAUCUGUCAGUGCCAAGAUACUAAGAGGCUCCUAAUCUGACUGACGGCCCUUAAACCAAGUAUGCAGUUAAACUGUUAAGGUAUGGAGGAAGCAAGUUUGUGCCUUGGAGUUUCAUCAGCCGUGCCUGACAUUGACGCCCACCUGAACAGCACUUUGUUAAAUGGCCAGUAUUCAAUGAGUCAGAAGUUGCACCAGAUAACUUCCCAGCUCAGCCAUGCCUUCCCAGAACUGCAAAACCGUCAGAAAGCUGAGGACAAAGUUGGAGGGCCAAUAGAUGAGAAAAGUCAUGUAUCGAUGGCUAAUCAACCAGUCAGUAAUCAGAUGGCAUUGUUGGCCAAUCAGUUAAAUCGAGAUGUUGACAGCAGUCUGAAUGGAAGAGUAGACCUGCAGCAAUUUUUAAAUGGACAAAACCUUGGGAUAAUGUCCCAGAUGAGUGACAUUGAGGAUGAUGCAAGAAAGAAUAGAAAAUAUCCAUGCCCGCUGUGUGGAAAGCGUUUUCGUUUUAACAGUAUUUUAUCCCUUCACAUGCGCACACACACUGGAGAGAAACCGUUUAAAUGUCCGUAUUGUGAUCACAGAGCUGCUCAGAAAGGUAAUCUGAAAAUCCACCUGCGUACUCACAAACUGGGAAAUCUGGGCAAAGGACGAGGACGAGUCAGAGAGGAAAACCGACUUCUGCACGAGUUGGAGGAAAGAGCUAUACUGCGAGACAAGCAGAUGAAAAGCAGCCUUCUUCAGCCUCGACUUGAUGUGAAACCACAGCAGCACUUACAGCAAUCCCCUUUAUCCAACUGUCAUAUGCCUGUACCAGCGAACCACAGCACAUCUGACCUUUCAAAUAAGGCACCCUCUCCAAAGCCACAAGUGGUCCAAGAGGAAACAGCAGCACCAGCAUCUGGAUUUAGGUGCACCUUUUGCAAAGGCAAAUUUAAGAAAAGAGAGGAACUGGACAGACAUAUAAGAAUAUUACAUAAGCCUUACAAAUGCACACUGUGUGAUUUUGCUGCCUCUCAAGAGGAAGAGUUGAUCAGCCACGUUGAAAAAGCUCAUAUAACUGCAGAAUCCGUACAAGGCCAAGGAGCUACUGGAAAUGGAGAGCAAUCUACAAGUGAGUUUCGCUGUGAGGUCUGUGGACAAGUUUUUAGUCAGGCCUGGUUCCUCAAAGGCCACAUGAGAAAGCACAAGGAUUCUUUUGAACACUGCUGUCAGAUCUGUGGACGGCGAUUCAAAGAGCCGUGGUUCUUGAAAAACCACAUGAAAGUUCACCUGAACAAACUGUCUGUGAAGAAUAAAUCUCCUAACGAAGCAGAGGUCCCAGUGUCCAUCAGCAGCGUGAGUCAAGAGGCACACGCAAAUCUGUACUCCAGAUACAUAUCCUGCUUGCAAAGUGGUUUCAUGCCUUCAGACAAAGCAAACUUAAAUGAGCAUAGUCACCUUUACAAUAAAGGAGAUCUUCCGCUGAAAGAAAAAGACGUUAUUGGAAAGCUGCUGUCUCCCAUUGCUGCCCUUGGCCAUGGCAUGUCUGAAAGUGAAAAGCAUUCGUUACUUGGCUCCCUCAAUUUGGUUCCACCCCUGAAAUCUAGCUGCAUAGAACGGUUACAGGCAGCUGCCAAAGCUGCAGAGAUGGAUCCAGUCAAUAGCUAUCAGGCCUGGCAGCUAAUGGCAAGGGGAAUGGCAAUGGACCAUGCCUUCUUGUCUAAAGAGCAGCAGAUACAACGUAAUCAUGAAGAUAGCUUAGCAAACUCCGGGGUGCUAUUUGAUAAGGAAAAGCGAGAGUAUGUUAUUGUUGGAGCGGAUGGCUCUAAACAGAAAAUGCAAGCAGAUUUGGUUCAUGGCUCAAAAGUUUGUAAUCAGAGAGAUUUGCCAUCUAAACUAGAACUUUUAGAAAGCACCAGAGAUUUCUUGUCACAUGGCAUGAUCCAAGGACUCGACUACAAUAUGCACAGUCACGGAGGCAUAAAAGACAAGCCAACUGAAUGCCCAGAUUGUGGAAGGGUCUUCAGAACCUACCAUCAAGUGGUGGUCCACUCUCGAGUUCACAAACGAGAUAGGAAGGCAGAAGAAGAGGCUAUUCAGAUGAGUCUGGAGGAAAGGCGCGGAUCAGGAAGUGAUCAGGAGUCCCAAUCCAUAAGUCGUUCAACAACCCCAGAAUCCUCUAAUAUCACAGAAGAGAGUGGAACAGGUGGAGCUCUCUCACAGACAGGAAGUGCCCAAGAAGACAGUCCACAUCCUUCCUCUCCUUCUUCUUCAGAUAUGGGGGAAGACAAUGGACGAUGUGUGGGAGCACAGCAGCAAUCUAUGAUGAGAGAUAGAAACCUUGGCUCAGCCAUGAAGGACUGUCCUUACUGUGGAAAAACCUUUAGGACAUCACAUCAUUUAAAGGUGCAUUUGAGGAUACACACAGGUGAGAAGCCAUACAAGUGUCCUCAUUGUGAUUAUGCUGGCACUCAGUCCGCCUCUUUAAAAUAUCACUUGGAGCGCCACCACAGGGAGAGACAAAAUGGCUCUGGUCCUCUUUCUGGGCACUCUUCUAGCCAGGAGCACAAAGAUGAAUCUUCCAGUAAAAACUCUCUUUUUAUGAGACCAGACAUAUUGAGAGGAGCAUUUAAAGGCUUACCUGGGAUUGACUUUAGAAGUGGAAUGGUCUCACAGCAGUGGCCUUCGGGAAUGAUGUCUUCUGGAGACCGUCAGGGCCAAUCAAGUGGAAUCAGUUCUGAAGGUUGUGCAGAAGCUCUAAAGAAGUCUGAAAUUUCCUCUAAAGGUCCAAACUUUUCAGAAUUUGGUAGGGCAUAUCAAAACAUUGUUGGAAAUGGUGUAAAUUUCCAGGGAUCUUUGCAGGCUUUCAUGGACAGUUUUGUUCUAAGUUCUUUAAAAAAAGAGAAAGAACUAAAGGAGAAAGCCUUGCUAGACUCACUUCCCAUAAAAACACUGCGAUCAGACAACUGUGAAGAGAAAUCAGAAAAAAAAAAUUUGCAGAGGAAAAUGGAGAAAUCUCAGUAUGAACCACUGGACUUGUCCGUGAGAACGGAUGCACCGGCCCUUCCUGGCUCAUCUGUCACAGUCCAAGAUAAUAUUGCAUGGCAUGGUUGCUUGUUUUGUUCUUUCACCACCUCAUCCAUGGAACUCAUGGCUCUGCAUCUCCAAACAAACCAUCUUGGUAAAGCAAAGCGUAAAGACAGUGUCAUUGGAGCACCAGUCCAUGCAAAAGAUCAAUUAAGAGAAUCAUUAUCAGCUGCAAAUAAAGUAAUAGCAUCCUCCUCCUCUGCACAAGGUGCUAAAGAAAUGAUGUUGUCCAAAAUAAGUCCAUUACGAUCUUCUGAGAAAAUGCCACCACAAGCAAAUAACAAUGACACUCCAGGAGAACAGAAAAGCGGGUCAUGGUCAAGCCACAUAGAUCCUUCAUUUAAUAAUUUUUCAGGGGAAUUCUACAAGCAAUUUGGGGUAUAUCCUGGAGUCACGGGGACAAAUGCUCAAAAUUCUUGUUCUAGCAUGGAUAUUGACUUAAAGUCUCAGACUGAAGACGAACAACACAUUCUGCCAUGCGACUCUGUCAAUACAGAUGUAACUGAUGAUCUAUCUGACGAGUCCUCAUCGGAGGACAUGGAAACUUACAAAGAAGAAGAUAAUGAAGAUGAAGACAUAGAAACAGAACCUGAAAACAUGAAUAUAACAGUAGAUAUGAAAAAAGAUGACAAUGAUGAAGAUGGCGCUGUACCAAAUUCAGGCCCUCUUAAAUUAGCAGAAGAUAUGCUUUCUCAAACAUCACAAAUAAUUGAGAAACCGUGGCAUUCAAACCUCCCCUUAUCCCAUGAAACACGGCAAAGUUCUCUCAAACUUGAUCAAACACCGGGUCAAGAAGUCUUGGAAAAGCAAGUCAAUAUGCUUUCUGUUCUAAGAGCUUACAGCUCUGAUGGUAUGGCUGCUUUUAACGGACUUGGAAGUAACACACCAAACAGUGGAUGUAUGAAGAGACCAGAUCUAUGUGGUCAAAGGCCUUUCCAGUGCAGAUAUUGUCCAUACAGUGCCUCUCAGAAAGGAAAUUUAAAGACCCAUGUACUUUGCGUGCAUCGCAUGCCUUUCGAUAACAGCCAGUAUCCUGACCGUAGGUUCAAGCGCUCCCGCAUCGACUCAGACACUUCUGGGAAUUCUGAAGAACUUCCUCCAAUCAAACUUGGGAACGCAACGCAAUCUAUAGUGGAUGGGAACAAAGUCCUGGAGUGA